CUGAAAGUCCUAAUUUUUCGCGUAACAUCUCAAGUGUGGUCGCCGCUUCACGUCGCAAGUCCGCGGUCAGAGCAUCGCAGUAGAGGCUGGCUUGAUCAUGUUUCAUGUAACAGGAAGCCGGGCGUUCAGGAAAGUGGCGGCACUGCGACGCCAGCGGUAGCUCUACGGGGACGUGUGGAGCUUUCACCAUGUAUAUGUGACCUGAACGCUGCUUCCUCCGCAUCUUAUUCCGGCAACCACGUUCCCGUCCCUGUAUCGACCCGACAGGCCUUCCGCUGCAAGAAUACUUGUGCUGACUCUGACCGGCGCAUAGAAGGCUAGUGCUUAUGCAAACGGUUCUCCCGUCUUUUCAUAGCGGAUACUUGCAGUCCACCACACCUCCCGCAUGCACAGUUGAUCUUUCCAAAGCUUCUGUGUGGUCCUUGUCUUCUUCAGCAUCUCUCAUGCCUCCUCAACCACCGAUAAUUUCGGAUCGAAACCGCAUCCCCAACCUUUCGGCGACCUGCCAAUAUGGACACGCCAUGCUAUCAGAGUGGCUGCUGUUACUGCUGGUCGUCGUGAUCGGGUUGCGACUGGCUGUCAUAAAGUACUCGUCAGGAAAGAGGAGGACGCCCGACUCGAAGAUUGACGCCAGUAUCACCGAGAAAUACUGCCUUCCAUAUCAGGAGGCACCGCAACCGGAUAUGCAUUCAAACGCGUCAACAGGAAGCCAGGUUCAGCAAACUGUGGUCUUCAAGCCUACAUAUCCUUGGACGUCUCCACCUCAACCUCUGCCCGGACCAUAUGACCCUCGACUGUACCCUCUACCGACCAUUCGGCGUCAUUCGUUCAACCCCUCCGUCGAACAAUCGCACGACGUUGCCGCAGCUUCUUACACUCGCCGCGUCUCGCUGAAUAGUCUACCAUCUGAGAAUGGUACGCUUCGCGGCACAGUGACCGUAUCCUCGCAAGGCUGGAGAAGGAACCAAUGGAUCAUUUCUGGAGAAUGAAACGCCCAAAUCACCGAUCGAACAACCAUCGCCGAGCAGAGUCAUGGAGUGCGUUUGCGCCGCAACCACACUGCCGCAUAUCACGUCAUCUGGGGCCACUAAUCCCACAACACUCCGCAUUCUGCAGUCUCACAUGCAUUCAGGCCCUUAUUCUUGAACUCGCUUAAGCGUGGGCUCAAAGCGACAUGUUGUCUGUUGCUUCGCCGGAGGUGGCUUCCGCUGACUAGCUGAAGAAGUGGGGCGGCCCAGCUCGAGCCCGAGCACCUACUCGCAGCGGAUAGCGGGAGAGUCGCGUGCACACUAGAUGCGCGGAUGAUUCCACGAUCGUAUUUGG